AUGGACGCUCUCGGUGUCUAUGCGCUGACCUUCAACUGUGCAAGAAACCUCAUCGAUGUCGACUCUUUCGCGGAUCAUUUCUUCGACGCUCUCCCCGCGUCGGGUGCGGGGAGCUCCGCACCCGACCUGAUUUUCCUCUCCCUACAAGAAAUCGCACCGAUUGCCUACUCCUUCCUUGGAGGAUCCUAUCUCCUGCCAUAUUUCGAUGCAUUCCGCCGUGCUGUCCAGAAAGCCUCGGUGCAAAGAUGGGACCAGCACUACGUCGACAUCCUCACCGACAACACGGGCAUGACAGGCCUAAUGCUCUUCGCACGCGACGAGACCUUGGGCAAAAUCGCCUGGAAAGACACAGCGCACGUCGGCUUCGGGGUUCAUGAAAUGGGGAACAAGGGAGCUGUCGGAGCGCGUCUGGGAUACGUUGUUGAGGGACACCCGUCCAAAACCGUGGAUCUCACCUUCGUCGCAGCCCACCUCGCUCCUAUGGAGGAUUCUUAUGAGCAGAGGAACUUGGAUUGGAAGAGCAUUGUCGAGCGCCUUGUGUUCACCCCUGAUGACACGGUACCAACAGAGCGGUCAAGCAUGGACGAAACCGCCAGCCUUCUUGACGAUGCUGCAUCGGCGCACGCGGAAGGCAGUCGGCGAGAUCUCUUCGCGCCAAAUGCAUACCUAUUCCUCGCAGGAGAUUUGAACUACCGUACCUCGAAUAUCGGACCUACGACCGAGGAGAUUGCACAAUUCCCUCGACGCAACGUCGGCCUUGAUGAUCCAUCACAUUAUUCCCACCUCCUGAAGAACGACCAGCUCGUGCGCGAAAUGAACUACGGCAAAACCCUUCACGGACUGUCCGAAGCGCCAAUCAAUUUCCCUCCUACAUAUAAAUACUCGGAUGCUGCGCGCGAAGCCGUCCGCCUGGGGCUGGACACUGAUAACCAGGAAUGGAAAUGGUCGAAUCACCGCUGGCCCAGUUGGUGCGAUCGAAUCCUCUACCUUGAUACGCCCUCGUGGGUUGGUGAAGCCGGGAAAGUCAAACCGCUUGGAUACGACGCACUGCCUCUUUUCGCACAGUCAGAUCAUCGCCCCGUUGCGCUGGUUGCGUCCGUCCCGCUGAGACCCACGGAAUCUCCGAACACCGAGACAGGUCACCGAGCGGUGGCUCCGUUCUCCAUCGAUCCGAGUUGGAAAUCUAAACGAGACAUGGCGCGCCGGAAAGAGGUUGUGGUUGGUGCACUCGCGUAUCUGGGGCUGACCAGGGAAGGAAAUGGGCUACUGUUGGCUUCGCUGCUGGGUAUCCUCGGGGCAUGUUUCAUUCUUCGCUCUAUGUUAGAGGUUUGA